AUGGAUCCAGUUCGAGAUGGCUUGAAUAUCCCAAAAUGGUUCUAUCAAGGAGAAGAUCAUCGUGUUUAUGGCCCUUACUCAUCGGCGGAAAUGCAAAAAUGGUAUAAAACGGGAUACUUUGUUAGCUCGAUGCUUCUGCGUACGAAGAAUGAUGAUCGUUUCCAUACUCUUGCAGAAUGGUCACGUUAUAGUAGCGGACAAAGUCCAUUCCUAAUCUUUGUCAAUUCAUUCGAUCAGCUCGUCAACUUUAGCUUGCAAGCACAAAUGUCUCGCCUAAUUAUUACUCCUACCCGAGUUCCUGCCACUAAUGGCCCGUAUUUUGUGGUACCCCAGACUGCACCUGCAUCAACUCCUACUCCUGUUCAUGGUUUUGCGCCAGCACCAGGUUUCUUAACUUACCAACAAAAUUCUUUAAUGAUCGCACCACAAAUACCGUCAUUUGGUCCUCUUCCUGGUCUUUCUCAACCUCCUAGUGAACCGCUCGAUGAAUUACCUUCUACCAUUAGUAACACGCCAGAUGAUAGCGAUACGAAUUGGAAUAUUGGAUUGGUGCAAAAUGUGGUUCCCUUGCCAUUUCAAGAGAAAUCAACUGAUACAUACGAUGCAUCAUGGAAUCUGGCUCGGGACAUUGGAACAGAUCCGGAAUAUGCGAAGUACCGUGAUGUGUCAACGCAAACCAAUCCGGGAAGGAUUUCAGCUGAGCAAGCCGUGCGACUGCUUUCGGAAAUAAUAGGGAUUCAGCUUGAAAUUGAAGGUUGA